AUGGCUGAAGAGCUAAAAUCUUUCAGAUUCUUGUUCCUGAUCCUCAUCUUCAGCUCAGCUUUCUUUGCAGCCGAAGCUCGUCCUCUGAAACCCACGGCCACGGGAGACAUUGGCGGGUCAGUAUUGAACUGGUUGUCUCUGAAGGCUGUCAAGGCCGGACCCAGUCCUGGUGAAGGCCACAAAUUCAUCAACGCUGAUCAAACACUUGGAGGAAUUAAGAACUCUGGUCCAAGCUCUGGGGCGGGACACAAACUUGUUAAUUAG